AGAAAGUGUCAAAAAUAAGUAUCAUAUAUUUCUUAUAAUGACUACAAUUUCCAGUAUUAAUUUUUGUAUCGGAAGGUUUCUAAUUGACAAGAGACGUAUUGGAAAUAAUUUGCCAUUCGAGGCUUACAUACCUGAGUGUGUUCCAUUCGAAGUUUUAUUUGUCUAUCAAUGUUUAAUUGCUUUCUUAUUAGUUAUUUCCAUGUUUGCCAUGGAUAUUCUUAUAUUAACAAUAAUCACACUAAUGGCUAUUCAGUUUGAAGUACUCAAUAGGGCUAUAGUAAAAAUUUUUGAAGACAUGCCGAACUCAUGUGAAGAUUAUUGCAGUAUCAAGAUGAGACUGAAGAAAUAUAAUGAUCAUCAUACUUUUUUGAUGGGUUUCAGGGAUCAAGUGAACAAUACAUUUUCAGCAGGAAUGUUGGCAUACAUGGGAGUGAUCAUUCCAACGCAAUGUAUUGAAUUGUACGUCUUAACUUCACAGAGUUCUGCAAAAGAAAGCAUCAGAGCAAUACUUUAUGCGACAACAAUGUUCUUUGAAUUUUUCGUAUGUUAUUGCUUACCCGCACAACAUCUAGCAGAUGAGGUCGAUAAGUUAUCAGAAAAUAUUUAUUGCAGCAAGUGGUACAAAUAUCCCCAAUAUUCAAAAGAUGUUCUAAUAUUGGUGGGAAAAUUUCAACUGAAAAUGCUGAUCAGUGCCGGUGGAUUUGCAAAUAUUGAUCUCAAAACGGGUUUUGCAGCAUUAAAAACAAUGGUAUCUUACUGCAUGUUUUUGAGAACUAUGGGAUAUAAUUCCGAAGCAUGAGAAUGUUGGAUCAUUUUCCGACGGGAAACCAAUGAAGAUGAACACGUAGGUUUUGGUUUCAAUUUGGAAUUGUACUGUUCUCUGUUGCUUGUACUCUUUCCACAUACACUUCAAUAAAUGUUGCAAUUUUGA